CCCCUUUUUUGGCGCGUACUGGCCUAACCACAACAAAGGGAUAUCGCCAUUCGCCCGUCCUUUUCCUAGCUCACCCUCAAACGCACCCGUUUCACUCUGUCUAUCCGUGCAACAAAACCUUCUUGCGGGUGCCCGGAGAGUGCCACUCAGCUACUAAAUGUCGAACAGCACUCCUUCGCCUCCUCCAUCGCCACCGCCACCACCACCAUCACCUGCGCCACCACCGCCCACCCAGCCCAAGACGCCCCUGUCCGAACUCAACCUGGAUGUGCUCAAUAACAGCAGCAACCGUAUCGGUAAACCGAAGCAUAAUGUGAUUCUUUCGUCCGGUGAAUGUGUCUGGGCGACACAGUAUCCCGAGAUACAGAAGGCCUGCUUCCUGAACCGCGUAUGCCAGUACGCACCGCCACGCGAACUGCGCGUACAGAACGUGGAACCGAUACUGCAGAAUGGACCCACCUGUGGAUUGACCGCCUUGAGCAUGAUCUUCGAUGGGGCACCGUCAGCGACUGCUUUACUGGAACUGGCCGUUGGCCGCGGCUACUCGAACAAUGGUGAAAUGUUUAGUGCACGCCAGCUGAACGAACUGUUUGAACUGGUGCUGGAGGAAAACCGCCACCUGGUCGAGUAUAAACCCGUCACCCACACGCUGGUCGGUGGUUGGAUGGAUGAUCCGAACAUCCAGGUCAAGCUACGCCUCGGCGCAAUGUUUCUCGUUCCCUACGAUCCGGACAAGAACCACACACCCUGCCUGAACAAAGGACAUCGUGCCCAUUGGGCACUAGUGGUCGGGUAUCUCAUCGAUCAAUUUGACGACUUUUACGUGUUUGCACGCCAUGGGAAAACGAAAAACCUCGCCAUAUGGUCACUGCGGGACCUUUCCCGGAGCAAUGGUAAUCUAGUCGAGUUCUGCCAACCAGCAGGACAUCCCAACGAAACCUUCAUCCUGCCCGAGGGCGGCAUGGGUGGAUCCAAUGGAUUGCGAUGUAAAUUCAUCAUGAUCGAACACUACAAGGCUAAGAAUGAGAUCGUACUUUGACGCGGAAGGAAUGAAGAGACUUUCCCCUUACCGAGCUACAUCCCCGUCGGCUUGUUUUCACAGAUGUGUCCACAGCAUUACCUACGCUUUAUAUAGGUAGCCCUUCAGUUCUUCCCAACGUUGCUAGAAGAUAUUUAUUUACUACGUUCGCCGGGGAGAGAUGCAACUAUUUAUUGAACUUUAUUUAUCUUUAUUUUACUCAUAGCUUUAUUUUCGGGUUUCCGUUUUUUGGCUAUAUAUAUAUAUGUAUAUGUAUAUGUAUAUAAUUUAUUUUAAAACAUGCAUAAAACAGUAUUGAGAUAUUUGUUGCCCUUCUUUUUUCUCCCACUCAUUCACAUUCUCUCUCUCAUUCUAUCUCUCUGCUUUGUGUUUCUGAUUUAUCGUCCCUUGGGCUGAGGAUGGGGAACCACCCCACCGGGUAAACUAUUUCGAACCGCUAUCGACUUUAGCGCUAUCGUUCAGGAAUCCUUCUGGCACGAUCCACUAACAACCACCACAGGUUGUUGCAAACACAGGAAAUGUGUGCAAAUAAAAUGCAACUCACAUUUCUGUCCGGACG